AUGGGCGAUACCACACUCCUACUGUCCGGUGUCAUUCUGUGCGCCCUUCUCACCGGUACCAAAGGUUGGACCAGUGCCUUCGCCAGGAUUAACCACCCGGAACGUUUCAACGACCAGCUGAUCAAUUAUAAGGGUGCGCCACAUCAGACAUCACGAUAUUAUGAGCUGGCCAGUGAAGGCUUCUACUCCGGUGCGUACCAAGAGCUGCCGAGCGGUGACAACGAAUCCUGCACAUCCGCAGAAUGUCUCGAGGUGAGCCCGGUCCGUGAGAAACGGCGUGUCGAUCCCACCUUCUACGGGCAUCCGAAAACGCGUGAACAAAUCUGGGAACGAAACUUUGCCCACGUACUGAUCGACAACCGGCAGACCAUGUCGCUGGUGACGCUGCUCAUUAAAGUGAUCCUGAAGUACAUGCACGCCUGCAUACCGAUCGUGCUGUACGAUACGUACGUCGGCAGCACGGAGAACUACAUUCUGGAGGCACUGUUCAGUGAGUUUCCCACGACGUACGUGACCGGGCGCAUCGGGCCCAACUACACGCUCGACAAUCCGGAGAUUCUGCAGCCGUCCGGCUCGAUGUGCCGCAGUUACUUCCUCUUCCUCUCGGACGUCAUGAUGGCACGGAAGGUGAUCGGACCGCAGCUGACGAGCCGUGUCGUGCUGAUACCGCGCUCGAGCCAGUGGAAGCUGCAGGAGUUUCUCGCCUCCAAGCAAUCCCGGGACAUCAUCAAUCUGCUGGUGAUCGGUGAAUCGUACUCGGUGGACAAGCGGAUCAACAACGAGCAACCGUACGUACUGUACACGGACGAGCUGUACAUCGAUGGGUUGGGUGCGAACCGGCCCCAGGUGCUAACGUCCUGGAUUGGCAACAAGUUCUCGCGCAGCAGCGUCAAUCUGUUUCCACCGAAGCUCCGGCGUGGGUUCUCCGGUCACCGUUACACGGUCAUGGCCGCCCAUCAGCCACCGUUCACCAUCAAGCGGCUCACCACGGACGGUGUCGGAAAUGUGCAGAUUCGCUGGGAGGGCUUAGAGAUCCGACUACUGCAAACACUCUCCCGGUAUCUGAACUUUACCUUCGACAUUGUGGAACCAUCCAAACCACAGAUGGGAUCCGGUGAUGCGGUUGUGGAUGAGAUCAAGCGACGCCAAGCAGACAUCGGCCUAGCAGGGAUCUACGUGACGAUCGAGCGCAACAUCGGCACCGAAAUGUCCGUCGCUCACUCGAGCGAUUGUGCCGCCUUUCUGACGCUAAUGUCUAGCGCAUUGCCAAGGUACCGUGCCAUCCUGGGUCCGUUCCAGUGGCCCGUCUGGGUGGCCAUCAUCUUCAUCUAUCUGCUGGCCAUCUUUCCGCUCGCUUUUUCCGACAAAAUGACGUUGCGCCACCUGCUGGGUAACUGGAGCGAGAUCGAGAACAUGUUCUGGUAUGUAUUCGGUACGUUCACCAACAGUCUUACCUUCCAGGGUGAGAACUCGUGGAGCAACACGAAGAAAACGUCCACGCGGAUGUUGAUCGGCAUCUACUGGGUGUUUACGAUCAUCAUUACGGCCUGUUAUACGGGUUCGAUCAUAGCCUUCAUAACGCUGCCGGUCGAGCCGGAACGGGUGGACAGUGUGCAGCAGCUGAACCGUGGGUUUUACCGGGUCGGUACGCUGGAUCGUGGUGGAUGGGAACGUUGGUUCGCCAACUCGAGCCACCAGGCCACCAACAAGCUGCUGAAGGAUCUGCGAUACGUGAGCAGCGUCGAGGAGGGCAUACGAAACGUUACCGGAGCGUUUCUCAUUUCGUACGCCUUCAUCGGUUCCAAGGAGGAGCUUCAGUUUCUGAUCAAAUCCAAUUUCUCCUACCAGUUCAUCAACAAGCGAUAUGGUUUGCACGUGAGCCGUGAAUGUUUUGCCCUGUACGGAGUGUCCUUGGUCUUUCCUCCGUAUUCCGUGCACCGCGAUCCGAUCAACAAUGCCAUCCUGUACAUGCAGGAGGCGGGCAUCAUCACGAAGCUCAAACGGGAGGUGCUCUGGAACACGAUGAAAACGAAGGAUGGUCGCUACCGGGAGGCAUCGGUCGGUGAGUCGUUGCGUGGUCCGGCACCGGAAGAGCGCGGUCUAACGCUCGCCGAUACCGAGGGUAUGUUUCUGCUGAUGCUGUUCGGUUACGUCGUGGCACUGGGCGUGCUCAUCUCCGAGUGGGUCGGCGGUUGCACGAACCGGUGCCGCGAGAUAAUGCAGGAACGGGCCGAACGGUUAAAGGCAGCCUCGGCUGGAGUCACAUCCGUUCCGCAGUCGGCCGGUAGCGCUGCUAGUGAAAGGAAUGGUAAACCCGAGCAGAAUGGUUCAUCCCGGGCCACUCCAAUGGAGUGCCGUGAUGAGGAUGAGGGUUUGGAUGGCCGUAGCAGCGGAGCAUCGCAGCACCGUAGCCUAUCCGAUUGCCUAUCCGAGGUGAGUGCCAACACGAUGCAGGAUCUGUACGAUGGUCCCGAUCGGCGCCAUUCGACCAUCGUCUAUCUCGAUGGGCAGCUUAUGUCGGAAGAGGAAGCACAACGGAGUGUCGCCCGGAAGGCGAAGCAUCGCCACAGCUUAAGCUCCGUAAUGGAGCGACAGGUUGGGCAGCUGUUCAAGCAUCGCAAGCAUUCCAAGGAAAACCCGACAACGACGACGACGAUCCGUGCUGAAGUGUCUGCGGAACUGGGCGAAGGUACAUCGCGAUCGACGGAAGGGCGCAAAAGUAUCGAAGCUUCUUUCGGUGAACGAUUGUUGCAUUAA